UAAUUAUGUCUCAAACUAGCAAUCUCCUGGGAAGGAAGGUUUCAUUGAAACGUCAGAGGAAAUUGAUGGGCUCGCGAGCCGUGACCAAUGUAGGCGAAGGGGUGAGCCCGUCAGCCGAGUCAGUCGCUCGGCCGGCGGCGUAGUGGCCACACGCUCUCCCACACUAAACGAGUUCCCCGCGCUUGACAGCCCACGUGGUUUGACAUGUGCUAUCAUGUUUUGAUCCCCGCGCGUGUUUACAUUUGAAUCUUCGAUGGGAGUAACUUUAGCUUGAAAGUGGUCGGUUUUAUUUAACUUUAACAGUGUUUUGGGAACUUUAGUGAACUUUUUGAGGAUGUACGCGUUUGCGAUUAUCGCCGCGUUCCUGAUAUUGCCGGGGCCAUCGAGUAUCUACUCGGAUAAUUUAGGUUCCCUGGCUAGCACGCUCAAAGACAUGCAUCGCACAGCGUGCGACGACGAGCUGGUGUCGCUAGCAUGCCCCACGGGCACCGUCGUCAACGUGCAGGCGGCGACGUACGGCAACGGCACUCGCACGUGCGAGAACGCCAAGCCGGGACAGCAGACGAACGAUGGCUGCUUGUGGCCUAAUUCUAUGCAGUACUCCCUGCUACAAACAGUAGUGGAGGCAUGUCAAAAGAAGAAAAACUGUCAAUUCAGCACAGCGCUAAUGGCGGGGGCCCCUGAUCCGUGCCCUAUGGCCAGGAAGUUCGUACGAGUUGCGUACAAAUGUCGACCGUACGAGUUCCGGAGCAUCGUGGCCUGCGAGAACCAGACCCUGACCCUAGGCUGCAACCCAUACUCGCGGAUAGCCGUGUACGAUGCAGAGUUUGGACGUACCCUCUUUUCCACGGAAUGCUCGCAGAAAGGAAUGCCUGAUGAGAAUUGCAAGGCGCUAAUAGCAGGCAGCAAAGUGAUGCAAAGUUGCCACGGGAAGAGAAGGUGCGAGGUGUUGGCAUCUAGAACAAUCUUCGGGAAUCCAUGCAACCGCACCAACAGGAUGUACCUCAAAGUUGUUUUUGCUUGCGUGCCCCUGGGCGUUCUCACAGAGCAGUAUGAGUCCACUCGAGAGGCGGACGAGACCGUCAAUGGGGUUAUAAACUCAGCCGCUUCCGAGUUAUACGACAAUACAGUGAACUCAGAAAAAUGGAAUGAGGUAAACGCGACUCCUAUGGUGAACCCGGCUGUGCAGCCGCCGUGGGCCAUCAGCACGCCAGCCACGACAACUACCGAUCUAAUUGCUACAAAACAUGAAGAUGCUGCGAUAGACAAUACAGGGUCACCGUCAUCACGGAAUAUCGCAAUUUAUGUUGGCGUAAGCGUUCUACUAUUCAUCAUCUUUAUUGUACUGCUCAUCGCAGUACGCUGCUAUAUUACAAGAAAACAUACGAGAAACUCCAAAAACGGCGACAUGUUCAUAGCCGAAGCACCCAACGUGUUCAACGAUGCUGUCUCAGACAUCGACAAUGACAUUGAUGUCACGCACAUGUCAGGCACUUUCUACGACCCCGUACAUCCGGACAUGAUAUUAUAUAGGGACGUGCCUGGCAGUAAAGGGACGUUACGCGCUAUGAGACCCUUAUCAACCAUAUACCCCUGUGCCGGCGCCAGUAUGUACGGUCAUUUAGAUUACGUCCCACCGCAGUACAGAGAAGUCGCGGCUGGGAGGCUCAGUAGAGAAGCAAGUAGGGAAAAGGAAGAUGUAGAAAUCGAUCACGAGGUAGUAGUUAGUCCAAAAAGUUUGAAUAGGUUUUCAAAUUCUCAAUAUUAUUACGGCUGACGGCGUGAAGAUAGGGCGGCCGAUGACGAGACUAGGACUUACUGUUUUUAGGGACGUUGUAAAUGUUUUAUCACAGUCAUUUAUAAUUAUAUAAGAGG